CGAAAUAAUACCCAUCUGAAGUUACGCUCAAGUGAAUCACCAAUCACAAACAUCAAAGUUCUCUCAAAAACAACAAUGGGCAACUCCAACUCAGCCCCCGACUCAACCGACGGCAACGGUGACAAAAAGAGCAUCUAUCGGCGCUACGAAGACAAGAAGCGUGGCCCCGGACCGAGCGACGAAGAUAUUCUCAAGUACACUGGCAAGACGCGCGACGAGCUCAACGCCUGGGCUGAGAAUCAGCCCGGCGUUGGAAAGAACCAAGCCGCCGGCAAACUCACCGUGGGAGCGUCUUCUGGAUUCGCUGGAGCUGCGGCGGCAGGAGGACUUGGCGGCUGGGGAACGGAGGGCACCAGGAAGAUGAAGUUUCCAGUCAAACAGGAACCCGCCAAGACUGUCGAUGAUUCGGACGAGGAGUAGCGAGAAGAAGAACAAUGGGUUGGGGCGAUGUGUUUUCGCUUGCGUUAUUUGUUCCUGUCGUUUUCAUUACGAGGUGACAGAUUAAUAUAUUGGAAAGGUGGAGGUUAGGAAGGGAGCAGCGAGCAAAGCCUCCAUGCGCCUAUUCAAGUCGCCGCAGUAUACAUGAUAUCCGAAUGAGUACCUUCAUCAUGGCUGUUU